AUGUCAACAAUCACCACCACUACACCAAGUGCUAGUUCGAGCGGGGGUAAAAUCAAGACUCCCUUGAAAAAAGAGGAGCUCGACAAGAUCGCGCGGCAACUAAAGCAAAAGCUCUCCAAGGCGAGCAUCGCGGCAAAGCAGACAUUGUCGCCAACAAACAUGAAGAGCAGCUUGCCCCCUUCAAGCGCCUCGGCCUCGGCCUCGGCCUCCUCACCUUUGCAAAAUUACCUUCCUAGCAGUGCCACCAAGAGCAAAUACAAAGACUCACCUUUACGAGCAAACGACACAACCACGUUAUCUUCCUCUCCAAAUUUUUACUCCCCGAGCCACAGAUCUCCAACACACAUGAAAACACCAGCAGCAGUGUUUCUUUCUUCGUCCCCUUUGAAAAACACAACAACGUUUGGCCAAGAUGGCGAUGAAAUAAUGGGCGACUCUCCAACAAAGAGAAGAAAAACCGGACUCAAUACUAGCACCAGUGCUUCUUCGCCUACAAAGAUGGUCUUGGCUGAACUUGCACCGAGUCUGCAGUCGUCCCACCAAUUACCUCGCCACACCCCAGCAUUGAAACCCUCGUUGGACAUGUCCAGAUCUCCAAUUCGACCCUCGCAAAGUCGGAGGAGAAGCAGCGAAAGCACGAGAGAAGCGCAUGAUGUCACCAAGACUCCCCGGCCGGCACCUGCCGACACCGAGGGUGCCGAUUUGCUAAUCUACCUUGCCACAUCGCCUAGUCCCGCCAAAGCCUAUAAACCGCGCGUCUCGUUUAACGAUGUGCCUGCCACAUUACAAAAUCACCCACAACCCAGCGAUCACCCACCGCAAUUGCAGCCGCUUUCUGCCCCACAAUCACAACCACAACCAUUACAACAACAAGGUCAGCUCCUGGCUAGCACGACCUUUGUCCCACCUCCUUUACCACCAGCAACGCCCAAGAGAAUAAGCCAGCAUCAUCCUAGCAACGCACGAACACCUCAAAACCGGUUGACUCCCUUCUUGGGCGGCAACUUGGGGUCGAAUUUACCGUCCUCGGGGUUGACUCUAACGCCGCAGGGUUUUAACAUGAAUGACUAUGUCAAUAUUUUCACCCCGUCACCUGGACAGGCGUUGAAACAGAAUUUAUUGCGGACUCCCGAUUUCAACAGCGUGAUCAACGGUGGCAGCGGCGCCGGGGGUCUAAGUGGUCAGACGCCAGGUGCAAAGCGCAGCGAUGGUAAAUUGUGGAAUUUCAACAAGGUGUUGUUUAAUAAUCAUGGCGCUCCUCCUCCUCCUAACGUUGAAAACGUUACCACCACCACUAGUAACGCUGGUGGUGCUGGUGCUACCGCUACUGCUACUGCCACUGCUACUACUACUGGGUCGGCUGGCAGUAUGAGAGAUAUUUAG